AUAAAUUUUAGCAAUAUUUUAUUUUUAUAAAUAGCAAAGAUACAUUUGGAAUACUCUAUAGUAAAUUUUUGUGAAUGUAUAUGUUGUGGUAACGAUAUUUUAAUUUAUACAUAGUACCUAUACGGUUAAUACACAAUAGGUUAUAUUUACUAUAAAAAUGAAUAAUUUUUACUGUGUAAGCACCGUUGAUGGAGAUAAAUUGAAAGGAAUAAAUUUAAGAGAAAAAAAAAUUAAAUUGCGUCCAAUGACUAGCAGCAUCACUGAUAUUGAUUUCGGUGAACCAUCAUGCUCGAAUACAAAUCGCUGGCACAAUCUCGAAAGGAAUCAUGAAAGGGAUUUUAGUAGGGAAUAUGGAUUUUCUCGCAAUCCUAAAGGCACCGUAUAUAAGAAACAUAAUAUACGUGACCAUACCGGUGUAAGGAAAACAAGAAAGAAAAAUCCAUCUCGACGAGCUAAAACAAGAUGUCCUAUGAGAGUAUUGGAAUUAUCAGUGCCAACUAAACGACACUGCUUGGAAACUUGGAGAACCAAUAGAGAUAUUCUUCCUAAUUUCAUGGUAGAAAGAUUAAGGCGAAUUGUUAUGGAUGAAAAGCCAAUCGUGAAAAUAUAUGAUGCCAUCGAUUGUUUUAAACGGCAAAAGUCAACAAAUCGACUGAGUUCAAAGAGACACGUAAAAACCAAGCACCAGGAUCAAAUGAAAUUAUUUUGCGGUUUAUUAUCGUAUAAAGUAAUACAGAAAUUACAAAGACCGCUGAAUUUAACUUUGGACUCACAUUUAAAAACAUUAUCGCAAGUUGUUAAUGAGGAUAUAACAAAUAUAUUGUACGAUCCAAAAAAAACUGGAUUAUAUACAAAUACUAAAAUUCAAACUGAAAUAGCAGAUACGGUGACUAUUUGGAUUACAAGUAUACUUGAGGAAUCGGCUAACAAAAUAUUAAUGGAAGAGUUUCAAGAACUCAAAGAAAUAGAAGGGCCGGUGUGGGAUUUGAUUGAUCAAUUAAUCGAUAACGUUGCGGUUGCAUGUGAACCCGUGACUAUUGUUAGUUCAAGCGUGAGUCAGCUAUCAACACUAUCUGUUUCAAAGUCCGUUAUGAAUGAAAACUUAAAUCUUGUGAUAGAUUCACCAAGUAAAAAUAAUAACAGUGAAAUUAACACAAAUUCUAUGGAUAAUCAACAAGUAAAAAAUAGUGAUUCAAUAUUAGCUUAUAUAUUAGACAAUAUUGCUUAUAAUGAGGAGGCACUGAGUACACUUAAAGAUAUUGCGAAUAGCAAUGAAGAAGAUGGAAUACUAGAUACUAACAAUAAUAACAAUGAAAAUAACGAUAAAAAUGUAACAGCUUCUAAUGUUUCCUUAAACGAAAAUAAUUUAUCAAAUCAUCGUUUUAACAAAAAUGAUGUUGAUAUUGUUCAGGAAUCAACUUCAAAUGAAAUUGAUUCGCAUAAUGCAAAUAAUAUUGACAACGAUAGAACAAACUCGGAUGUUAGCGAUAUAACUAAACAACUAGAUAUUACGGCGACUGUUGAUGAUGAAGUUUUAAAAAUAAUAAAAACUAGUACAGAAAUUAAACAUAACAUAAACGUGAACAGUACAGACAAUAAUGUUUUGAGUAAUGGCAGCCAAGAAGUGCAGACCACGCCUGAUGAUAGCAUUAAAAAAGUAAAAUUUUCUAAUUUAAAUAUCGGCGCCUACAACAGAAAAACAGGAAUAAGCGACGAUAGUGAUAUUUAUAUUCGUGAGGGUCAUUAUGAUAUGCCAAUAAACCUCUCCGAAGAUGGAACUUUAAAACAUGAAUUACACUUAGCUCCACCCAAUGACAAUUUGCUUAGUGACGCCGAUGAGUCAUGGCCUGAAAAUUUACAUUUUCCUGUAUUAAAAGCUACCGUUAGCGUCAGUAAGUCUAUUCUAUCGCUCGGAAACAUUUUAGAAAAUGAAGAAAAAGAAUUAACGACUGAUGAUAGAAGUAAUAUUUCAAAUAACGAUAGAAAAUCAUCGAUUACUCAAACAAUACAAGCCGACAAAAAAGAGGAAAUAGAUGAAGGCAAAAGAAAUAUAGAAAUAUCGACCAACGAAAAAUAUCCGACGGAAAAUUGUACAAAUACAAAAAAUAAAUAUUAUGAACCGAAUAAUUAUAUGAAUUUAACACAAAAACAAAUACUAGAGACAGAUGAUACAUCCAAAAAGGAAAAUAUUGCUGUGAAACUGAUUAUAGAACACAUGCCAAUAAUUACAAUAAAUCCAAAAGAAUAUAUUAAUUAUAACAUACAUGAAACAGCAAUACAAACAGAACAAGAAGUUUUAAACAAUGUCGUUGAACAAAACCUUUCAGCAGUAAAUAUUUUAACUAGCUGCAAAAUUAACGAAGAAUCUAAAGAGAUAAGUUGUGGCACUUUCGUUAAAGGAUAUAAUAUAAAAGAAUUUGAAGUUCGAAAAUGGUGUCACGGGUUAGAAAACGUGACGCAAAAUUUGGAGUUAUGGAUAGACUGGAUGGAAAUUACUUGUAAUUACAUCAUGUCAAUAAAAUAUAAAGUUUCAGCUAAUAAACGAAGAGAAGAUAAAUAUUUGUGGACUAAGCUAGUAAUUAACAUUGAUUUGGAUUCUAAAACUUGGAGAAAAAUAGGCAAAAAACUCAGAAGAGGAAUUAUUAAUUAUAAAAGUUAUUAUGUAAAAUCUAGGACUCGGCAGACCAAAUCUUGCAACAACCAUCAGCUCCUGCAGAUAUCACAACUAUGCCAGAAGGAAAGAACAUGCACUUGUAAGCAGGGCCUGCAUGACCUUUGAGAUCUAAAAGUUGCUCAUCUAAAAAAAGGAAAUAAAUGAAACAUAUUGCUCAAUUAAUUCAUUCAUUAUAAAUAACAUCCUAUCACAAGAAACCAGUUUAAAAGUUCAUUGAGAAAUAUAUUAUUUUUAAAUAAAUAUUAAAGUAUAUUUGAUUUAAAGCAAAAUGUCUAUUGUAGCAGUAUUUUAAAUCUUACUUGUCCUACUAUCCCAAACAAUGAGUUUAUCUCCUUCACACGAAGACACAGCUAAAGCAUUUUCAGCC